CAUAUAUUCACAAUUUGUAGGUAGUACAAGAACUGAAAAAUAAUUUUUGGUUGCCAGUAUACCUGUAGUCGUUGCACUGAUCAGUCGAUAGUUUUGUGAUAAAUUAUUUCUCAAGUGAAUUAAAUUAUUAACCAUGGGACGUGAUUCUAGAAAGGUUUCAAGAGAACUUCGGAGUUCUGAAAAAAUUAAUAAGUCGCGUUCAGUCAAAAGAAAGAAUGUUUUUAAUCCGAAAACAGCCGAACGUGAUGAAAGUAUUCAGAGUACAUCUUCUAAAAAAUUAAAACAAAACACUGAAGAUGAUGUACCUGAAGACAGCAGUACUGAAUUUCGAAUAAUAAAUUUUAUUCAGGUAUUCACUGCAAUUUCUGCUCUUAUAAAAUGUAAAAAAUGUGAUGGAAAUGUAGUGUUUCAAACAGCAAGUACACGUGGGCUGGGAUUCAAAAUUGUAGUUGCAUGUAAUAACUGUGGAAAUGAAUAUAUUCCUUCCUGUUCUUUCGUUGGGCAUUCUUAUGAAAUAAACAGACGUUUCAUUUUUGUAAUGAGAAUACUAGGAAUAGGAUACGAAGGAUUGUGCAAGUUUUGCGGCCUGAUGGACAUGCCGUCUUUUUUAGAUAAAUCUACGCAUACAAUUUUACUGAAACAGAUUUUGAAUUGUAGUAAAGCCGUCGCAGAAACCUUCAUGACGAAAGCUGUGAAUGAAGAAAAGCAAGCAAUGCCAACAACUGAAAAUGAAGAUAUAAAUCAUCUAACUGUAUCGGGAGAUGGAACCUGGCAAAAACGGGGAUAUACAUCGUCAUUUGGAGUUUCUUCUAUAAUUGGCUAUUUUACUGGAAAGAUUCUUGACAUAAACAUUAAAAGUGCAUAUUGUAAGCUAUGUGAGUAUUGGAAAAAAAAAACAAAUACUGUUGAGUUCGAGGAAUGGUAUCAAUCGCAUGAAGAUGUGUGUUCUGCUAAUCAUCAAGGGUCUUCUGGGAAAAUGGAGGUGGAUGCGAUGGUCGAAAUGUUUUCGUAUUCUGAAACUAAAUAUGGAGUUAAGUAUGCCAACUAUAUUGGUGAUGGUGACUCCAAGACCUAUUCAGGAAUUAUAAAAUCAGAUCCUUACGAAAAUACAACUGUAAAUAAAAAGGAAUGUAUAGGGCAUGUCCAAAAGCGGAUGGGGAGUCGAUUACGUACGCUGAAGAGUAAACAAAAAGGUCUUGGUGGUCGAGGUAAGCUCACAGGAAAAUUAAUAGACAAACUAACUGUGUACUAUGGUUUAGCAAUACGCCGGCAUUGUGAUUCUAUUGAAAAUAUGAAAUCUGCUAUAAUGGCAACCUUUUAUCACUACGGCUCGAGUGAUGAAAAACCGAAUCAUGAUAUGUGUCCAAAAGGCGAAGAAUCUUGGUGCUCUUACCAGCGCGCUGAAGCAAGAGGAGAGCUUGAUACCUUUUCUCACGAUUAUUCUCCUUUACCUUCUGAUGUUUUAAAAGCUAUCAAGCCUAUAUACGAAGAUCUUAGUAAUGAAAAUUUACUUUCAAGAUGUGUAGGUGGAUUCAAUCAGAAUAAUAAUGAAAGCUUUAACCAACUAGUAUGGAAAAUAUGCCCAAAAACGUCUUGAUGAAUACACUAGGACUUAAUUGUGGGCCUAAUUCUCAUCGGUAUGCAGAAAGAAUGGAUGCUGCACGUAUCAAAGUAGCAGAUAAGCGCGCUAAUGAUAACACCCGAGAAGGUCGAUUGCAACGUAGGCACCAGCAAAUCGAUAUUUUGGAAGCUGCUAUGUCGGCUGAAGAGCUAUUAUAUGGUCCAGGAAUAGAUGACUCAGUAUGAAUCUCCAAGGACUUAUGAUGAUCACCGCAAAGGACUUCGGGAGGAACGGGCUCUACAAAAACAGCGAUAACUUUUUGAAUUAUUAAUUUUUUUUUUUGAAAUUUUCGUGAAGUCAAAUCGAAACGUGUUCUAAUAAAGCUAUGUUUUUAUUUUUGUCAAAUAAAGUAAUUAACU